CUCAGAAGAGCGGAGUCUGUGGAGUGCACCAAGGCAGCAGCGGUCAACCCUGGUUUCUGAGACAUGACUCCUGUUGCCUUCCUGACCAUCCUUUGCUUGGGAGUGGUCUCAGCUGCUCGCUCACUUGAUCCCAGUUUGGAUGCUGAAUGGGAGGAGUGGAAGACAAAUUAUGAGAAAACAUACAGCCCGGAUGAAGAAGUACAGAAAAGAGCAGUUUGGGAAGAAAACAUAAGAUUGAUCAAACAGCACAGUGAGGAACACGACCAGGGGGAGCACGGCUUUACCAUGGAAAUGAACGCCUUCGGUGACAUGACCAGUGAGGAAUUUAAGGAAACAAUGAUUAAUCAUCCAGUCUCAAAUCUCAGGAAAGGCAAAAGAAUCCAGAAACGUCUGGUUCUUGAUGAUUUCCCCAAAUCUGUGGAUUGGAGAAAGAAAGACUAUGUGAAUCCUGUGUGGUAUCAGAGCAGAUGUAGUCCUUGUUGGCCUUUUAGGGCGGUUGGUGCCAUAGAAGGACAGAUGUUCAACAGAACAGGCAAACUGGUCCAGCUAAGUGUACAGAACCUAGUGGACUGCUCUCAACCUCAAGGCAAUGUGGGCUGCCAUGGAGGCACUGUAGUCGGUACCUUCCAGUGUGUGAAGGAUAACGGAGGUCUGGAGUCUGGAGAAACCUAUCCGUAUGAACAAAAGGAACAUGGAGGAUAUGCAAACCAUUCCAUGCAUGAUGCAGAUUCCUCCACUGUGAAACUGUAUGAUGACAGGAAGAUUUAUGAGGUGCCAUUGACGACCUGUGAGCUAGUUUCCAGUUUCAAAUCUACUAGCAGCAUUUCACUUCCUGCGAUGAAUUACAAUAGCUCAGACAUGGAAAUGCUUUUAUGCCAAGUGCUACAUGUGGUGGUUCCAAUUGCUGUUACCCAAGAGAUGGACGGAAAUAUCCAAAUCUCUUCUGCCUUUCAUUUUUAAAGGUAGGACCCUGCAGAUACAGUCCUGAGAAUGCUACUGCUAAUGUCACAGACUUUAUGAUCCUCCCAGAGGGUGAGGAUGUCCUCACGAUUGCAGUAGCAACUAUAGGGCCGAUCCCUGUCACAAUUGAAGCUUCCCAUGAUUCCUUCUGGUUCUGUAAGACAAGUAAGUAUAUUUCCUUCUAGGUGUGAAUAAAACAAAACUUGUGGUGACACCACCAUGACAU